CGCCCAACCUCUUCCUCUCUGCUGUGUUCACUAAAGUCGGAAACUCAAGUUCAAUCGUAUCUUUUAUGUACCGCUAGCCGAACGCCGUUACUUUGCUACCGUCUUAAAGCGAGGUUGACAGACAGAAAUCAACAGGACAUGGCGAAAACAUACGACUAUCUGUUCAAACUGCUGCUGAUCGGAGAUAGCGGAGUGGGCAAGACGUGUCUGCUGUUUCGAUUCAGUGAAGACGCGUUUAACACCACGUUUAUCUCCACUAUAGGAAUAGACUUCAAAAUCAGAACAAUUGAGCUGGAUGGAAAAAAGAUCAAGCUACAGAUCUGGGAUACAGCUGGGCAGGAGAGGUUUAGAACCAUCACCACAGCAUAUUACAGAGGAGCAAUGGGUAUUAUGCUGGUGUAUGAUAUAACAAAUGAGAAAUCAUUUGACAACAUCAAGAAUUGGAUAAGGAACAUUGAAGAGCAUGCUUCUUCAGAUGUCGAACGGAUGAUUUUGGGGAACAAAUGUGACAUGAAUGAUAAGAGACAAGUUUCGAAAGAAAGAGGAGAAAAGCUAGCUAUUGAUUAUGGAAUCAAGUUCCUGGAGACCAGUGCAAAAUCCAGCUCAAAUGUUGAAGAGGCUUUUGUCACGCUUGCUAAAGACAUCAUGACCAGACUAAACAGAAAAAUGAAUGAGAAUAACCCUUCAGGAGGCGGAGGAGCAGUGAAAAUCACAGAGAAUCGAUCCAAGAAGCCCAGCUUCUUCCGCUGCACACUCCUCUAACCCGGCAACUCCUGCCACCUCUGUGUGAAUAAUCUCAUUCCUCUGUGCGUGUCUGAGCUCAGGAUGCCUGUGUAUGUGCGAGCGUUUACAAUACCACUGGAGUUUCAGCUGUUUGCUGCUGCUGAGAGCUCUGGUCUGCCUCAUCUAUACUUACUGAAGGCCUGAAAGAUAAAAGUAGAUGAAAGACUUUGUUGAGCUGUUCCCAAAAAGUCCCUUUUAAACAAAAAUAACCACCGGUUGCCCCCCCUUAUCCCCUAACCUCUCAGCCUGGGUCAAUCCCAAAAGUGUAGCCAGACUUGAAUCUUAAAAAGCUACUAUUACUCAAAAAUAUCAUUAACUCGUUGCACAUAAACAAAUUAUAGUUACAUUGAUAAAGUGCUUUGUCACAGCACCAUUUAUUGAAGGAAAAUAUGCAAUGAGAUUACAGAAUAUUAAACUUGUGCCUUUUGGGCAAUGAAGACUGUGGACCUAAAGUUAAAGCGGUCAAACUGAAGGAAAUGCAAUAUCGAUGUAUCUUUUAUUUUGAACUUAAUUUUUGUUGUAUUUAAAGUCCAUUUUACUUGUAUUUUAUUACAGCUCCUUUUUUGUUAAGGUUAAGUUUGUUAAAAGCAAAGUUCCACAAGCUGUCGUCUUCCCCCUUUGCUUGACCUUACAUCAUUAAACCCUAAAAGAGACCAAAGUAAACCGACAUUAUGACAACUGUGAUGGAUUUACUGUUUUUUUCACAGUCAAUUUUCUAAUCCCUCAUACAGUAUGUAGUGAGAAGAAAGAUUAAAGAAAGAGGGAUGAGACCCUAACGCUUGUUGAAGCAGCAGCCAGCUAGGCCCUGUAUAUUAGUACAUACAAUAAAUUACAUUUACUAAUGGUAUUAUAUUUUUAUACUCUUCCUGCGUAAGCAUCUUUUACUUACCACUGCAUAUAAACCACCUAAAGCAUGUUAACCCUGUGCUUUUGUGAGAUUUACUUAUUGUUAAUACGUAUUUUUAAACUCAUGUUCAGGUCAUUGCAGUAUUCUGUCUUUUUGAAUUGCCGCUUUUAUAUGAGCGUGAAGUUGUGUAGUGUUUACAGUACCAUUGCAAUGUUGUUUUUUCUGUACGUCAUGCACUGUUACUUCUCUGUGUGUGGUUCUGUCCUAGAACCUCCUCACUGCAUAAACCACUGAGGCCUUGCCUCUGAAGUCUGUCACUUUAAAAAAAGAGUGCAACUAAAUCUGUUCAUUUAAGUGUUCUGUUUUUUUUAGCUAAUUGUUAUUGGCCCAGAUAGUGUUGUAGACUUUUCUUUAUUGUUUGCACUGAUUUUAGGUAUACUGAUUUUUUCUGUUUAAUUGAUUUAUACCUUGUAAAAAAAACCUUCACUUUCAAUCUCAAAUUAGUUCAAAUAUUCAUAUGGGCUUGGCUAUCACGAAAGCAUAGCAUUGUGACCACAAGGCAGCCCGUUGUGAUACGUUGCCCAAUGUUUGAGAUUGACGGAUGAUUGAUUCUAGUCUUUAUGUUUAAGGUUGUACGACUGCUUGAGUUCCAUUGGCAUCAGUUUGACAAAACUCCUGCUCAAAGUCAUGCCAUUUCAACGGCCCUGCAGUCCUGAUUUGAAUAUGUAUGUGCGGAGCAUUUGCAUAUUUUUACAAUGAAACUGUGACAGCACUCAACCUCCCAUAUGAACAUAAAGUCUUACUGACUAUUCAAUACAAAAUUAAUGUCAUAUCUUAUAACGUCUUCCAUGAUUUUCUUGUCUUUUCUGCAAUGUGUCAGUGUUAACUGAUUAUGUAAAAAUAUUAAAAUAUCUUUUAUAAGUUA